GCCGCCGCAGUCUCAUCGCCCUUCCGCCCUGCCUGCCUCCACCUGGCAUGACGACUGAGCUGCAGGGCAUCUGUGCGGAGCUGCACUCGGACCGCGACAACCUGAGCGCGAUCGCCGAGUGGUGCGCCGCCGCGUACCGCGAGCCCGGCCGGCCGCGGGCCGAAACGGUGGAGCAGACGCAAGCGUACCUGGUGGACGCGCUGUCGACCGUCGGCCAGCACGUGGGCGCGGCGGGCGCGAGCCUGCUCGCGAGCCUGGACGCGCAGCGACUCGAGCUCGAGUCCACCGACGCCACCAUGCGCCUCGUCGAGAGCCGGCUUGCUUACCACCGCGCAAAGCUCGGGCACGACGCCGCCUCGCUCGCGCUCGCCGUGCGACCCCUGACCGCGCGCGCUGGGCCGGCGCUCUCGCCGCUCCCCGAGCCGCCCUCCCGCCACUCCUGCGGCGCCGCUCGCUCCCCGGAUGGGAGGAUCGACCUCGCCGCACUGAGAGGAGUCGGAGAGCUCGGGGAGACAGCUCGAGUGCAGCUGUCCGUGGCGGACGGCUCUCUCGCUUCCGCGGGCUCGGGUGCUGCCACGCCGCGGGUCCUGCUUCAGACGGACGGAGCGCCGCCGCCGCCGCCGCCGCUCGGGGCGCCGCCGCCGCCCGCGACCUGGAAGCCCCCGCCCCCGCCCGGCGCCCCGCCAGGCGCCCCGCCUGGUCUAUGUACAUGGCAGCCAAAAUCUGGGCCGGCGGGGGGUACGCAGUCUCGCGCGCUCAAGUGCGACACAUUAUGA